GGUGCAGCCGUUCAGGGAGGGAAGCAGGGCGGGGAGGGGGGGUAGGGAGUGAGCGAGAGAGGCUGAAGUAACCGGCGCCCGUUUCCUCGCGAGCCCUUUCCGUUUAAGCUGCUCGGCCGUGUUUCCGUGGCUUUUGCGGGGGGAGCAGCUGGAGCUUGAAGGCAAGUGAGGGAGGGAGGAGGAGAAGAAGAAGGGUGUGGUGGGUGGCUGCUGUGGGCGGGGGUGACGAAGAGAUGAGCGCCGUGUCCCCCCCCCAAAAAAAAACCUCCCCUCAGACAGGACCGACGCGGAGCCCUCAGCGCCUCCCUCGCCGAAGCCCUUCUCGUUCCGCCGCCGCCUCUCCCGUUACUCCGCUCCUUCCUCCUCGCCCGCGGCGCCAGGCCGGUGUUCUUGGCCUCCUCCUGCUGCGGCCCCGGAGCUUCAGCCGGGGCCUAGGCCACGUAUGAGGGAAGGGCGCGUCCCCCCCCCCAUUUCGCUCUUUCUCGGAAGAGACCGUUUCCUAUCCGCUGCAGCCUGCCUGGCAGGCAGUGGCUCAACAGGUGUUGCUUUAUUUUUAUUUAUUUUUUAAAUGUCACAGCACGGAGGUAUAGGACGAUGCGGGAAGAUUAGACCUUCGCCUGUUAGGUAACAAAUCUGCUUGGGAGGCCUGUCGGGAAGGGGAUCCUGGUGCGCACUCAGGGUUCCUGGUCUUUUAUCUCCUGGAGGGUGGGGCAAAGGGCAGGUGUAAAGCUGAUGUGUUUGUGCCCAGGAGGAAGUACUUGUGCUCAGCGGAGAAAUACAAAGCUGCUCAUGGAAAAACACCCUUUUUGGUUUUCUUCUCUUUCUCACUUUAUUUAGCUUUUAAAAAACACACAAAAUCUUUAGGUUCCUUGGUGCUCACACCCUUGACUUCCAAAAGUGAAGUUGCUGCUGCUUUGUUUUUGCUCAGGGGUUGUAUUCUGGCCAUGCACUCUGCUUUCUCCCUGCUUCCCCAGAAUCCAUGACUCCCAGCCAUUUGGAUGAGUUAUAGAUGAAAGGUUUGGGGCUAUGUUCACACAAAGGUGGUUUUCUUCGUUGUUCAGUACUGUCUGGGAUUUAAAACUUGAAUAGUUAUGUCUUCUUAUGAAGAAAUUUAAUAUUGGAUCAGUUCUUAAAGAUUGUUAGGUUGGAAGUGACGUCUCUAAAGUCAGUACGUGAAGCUGAUUGUCAAGCUAGGAAAUACUGUAGUCAUCCAUAGGAAACAGACAUGGAAUGGUUUCUGCAGGUACAUUGAAAAUACAGUGAGAUGCACAAAUGUGGCUGCUGCUUAGUUGAAUAAUGUACUCGGGUCUCCUCUUGCACAUCUUAUACCGCAGCAUUCAUCUUGCAGAGUACACUACUCUGUGUGUAUUGUACCAACUCUUUCUGGAAUUGUGGCUUUUCUGGUUUUAUAGAUGACUAGAACUUGGAGGAUUUGCCCAAGAAUGUCCCCCCCCCCCCGCCCCAUGCAUGCUUCUCCUUUCAGUUUUAUGUGGAGGUCAUAGCUUAUUGUUCCUUAAGACAUGUUUUCCUGUGUCUUUAGAGACAAACAUUUUAAACACAAGGCUAAUCACAAAAGCAUGCACGUAAUUCUGUGUUGUAUUUCUGCUUUAAUUCCAUGAUGUUUGCUGUACAGUAUAUAUAUUUGUAAGUUCUUACAGUUUUAUGCUUAAUAACAUGCUACAAGGAGCAGCAGUUGCCACCAGUGUUUUUCUUUAAAAUCUUAGGCAGCUUUUUGGAAAGCCCCCAAAGCAACACACAAUAUUAAAAUAUGCUCAUAAAAACAAAAAAAAAAGAAAAGGCAGAAACAACAGAACCAAAUAAAGCCUAUAUUUGAGACCCAGGGUGUAACUUUUAAAAAUAAAGAAAAACUAGGCAGCUAGUGUAAAAAGGAAGUAAUGGCAUAUAUAUAGUCUACCUUCUGCCAUUAUGAUAUUGUUUUAUUGAAGGAAAUUGUUGUGGGCUUUAUAGCAUGCAUAUAUUAUGGGAUCAUAAUGAUUCAUAAUAUGACAUAGUUCUGAGAUUUCUGGUAAAAGAACUGGAAUAUUUUAGAUUGCUUAAUUGUGCUUCCAGGUCCACAAAUUGUGAUUCGUCUUGGUAGGUAGUGAGACUUUAUUUGUUCCUGUGCCAAGAUCAGGGGUCAGCAAACUUUUCCAGCAGGGGGCCGGUACACUCUCCUUCAGACCUUGUGGAAGGCCAGGCUAUAUUUUGCAUAUAUAUAUAUAUAUGAAUGAAUUCCUGUGCCCCACAGAUAACCCAGAGAUGCAUUUUAAAUAAAAGGACACAUUCUACUCAUGUAAAAGCACGCUGAUUCCCGGACCGUCUACUGGCCGGAUUUAGAAGGCGAUUGGGCCUGAUCCGGCCCCCAGGCCUUAGUUUGCUUAUCCAUGCGUUAGGUGUUCUUCUUUUACACCCACUGACAAGGAAGGGGAGUUUUACAGGGAAAUGAUGGGAAGAGGUAUAUAGCAAAUCCUAAUCCAACCUAAGAUAAGAUACUCAGAUGCUUCUUUAAGACAAUGAACAGAUGAGACUUGACUGCUACAUUGAGUUUCAGCAUAACCUAAAUGAAAACUUGGAUGUGGCAGGCUGCAUGAACUGUUUGAUGUGUGGUACAACAUGGCCAAGUCACUGCUUCAUGUAUGCUCACCCGCAAAAUCCUGUUUCUGUCUACCUACUCAUAUUACAUCCCACAAGUGGCAGACUUCAGGUUUUCAAAUUUCAGAGGUGCCCUGUGCAACACCAAAAUUCAGUACCCCCUUGCCUCUCGCCUUCCAUUCUAAGUCAUUGUUGUGGUUUCCCCUGUGGCACCUUCUCAGCUUGGCACCCAGCGCAGGUGAACCAAUCACACUCCCUUAAAUCCGCCUCUGACCACACCAGUUAGAUGCAGGCUGGUGCUAACCGUGAAAGAAAUGCUUCAAAAAAAAUUUACUUGCAUAGUUUGACUUACUGGAAGCCUUCCCUGCACAUUUAAUUUUCUGUUUACCACUAGUGUAUUUGUGGGUUCUUGGCAGGUUAGAAAGGCAUCAUGUAAAACCACACUGUUAAACAUACUAAUUUGCAGUGAACUUUGCUUAACUUCCUCAGUCCUCGGAAGAAAAGCGAUUAAUGGUAACUACUUCCGCUUGUUGAAAAUUCUCUCCAUUUUCUCUAUUGUGAUUGACACAAUGUCAUUUAUUAUGAAGUGAAAGUUUGUUUAAUAUUAGAUUAAUAUUCAAGUUGAUAAUGUCCCCUUUACACAUAAAGUAAAGGUCUUUGACAAUACCUGAUUUUUAUUGUUGUGUUUUUUUUUAAAGUUCAGUGUAUAUUUUCUGAACUGAUGGAAGAAGAGAAAGAAAGGGGCAAUGGGUUUAAAGAGGUCUAGAAUGGUAAGACCAUAUGGUCAGAGUCUUUAACAGCAGCAGCAAGGAGUAAGAGCUGAAUAUGGGGUGAAACAGUGUGGGCUUUCCAGCAGCCUGCAUAUCUGAAAAGAAAGGGGACUAGUGUUGUUCCUUGAGACUCAAAUAUUUAACAAUUAUAUUUUUUUCAAGUUUCUGAAGUGCUUCAAGUGCAUAGUGCAAUAUCUGCUAAUUUUAUGGUGCCAACAUUAACUUCUUUUUUAGCGGGUGAGUUUAUAUACUUAAAAUGGCAUUUAAAAGUUGUUAAAGGUUUGAAAAGUUUUAAGUGCUGCCUUUUGGCUAUGAUAAUGUAGCAAGAUGUACAUCAGUGUAAUGUAAUCCAUGUGAUUCAGUUUCACUAUCUUACGUUCAGCGUGUUCUUGUAUGCUAGGUAAUGUAGCCAUGUGAUGGAAAUACUUUUAAUUAGAUACAGUAUAAAUAAAACAUUCUAAAUUGGUUAUAGUGUUGAAAUGAUGAUUCCUGCAGUGGACAGGUCCAUUGCUUUUAGUGGGUCUACUCUUGAGUAUAGCUAAGGUUGGAAUCCUAACCUCACAUGCCUGAAUGUAAGCUGCAUUGAAUUCAGUGAAUUUACUUCAAAAAAGACAUGGCUAGGAUUGUAGCCUUAGUUGGAUAGUGCCUUUAGAUGCUCUAGGUCUCUUGAGUUUAGUUGUAAAUAGGCGCUGAAGGCAUCAGCAGUCAGUCUUCCUGUUCCCCUCUAUAACCUUCCUACAGAGUGUUUGCUCAGCAUUCAGUUUUGGCAGGGAACUAGGAAAACUUAGGUUUAGGGGAGGGUUUUUAAUCAGGAAAAGUGGGAGCAUACACAUAUUAAAUAAGAAAGUAUAGUAUGCAGCAUAGUCUUCUGCAAUUUCCAAAAGAUCCUUCUUGUUUAUGGAUCUAAUCGUUCUGGAACAGGAGCUUUAUAGCACUAGUCAGGGCUUGUGUGAAGAGGAUGGUAAAUUGCAGCAUAAAGGAAAACUUCUUUCUUUCUUUUCCAUCUUCCUGUAACAUUUUCCUCUUGUGCUAUAUAAUGCUAAAAGAUUUGGGUGGACUAUCAUCAACAAACCUGAUCAAUUUGCUGUGUAUCAGAGUGGUAGAAAUGAAGACUAUGUAUUUUUAAAGGAGAUGACCUAAUUCGUAUCUCGCAGGCUUAAAUUAUGAAUUGGAACAUAAUUUUGCAGUACAGAUCCUGGUUCAAAAUGUACCAGCAUGUGUUUAAAAAUGUGCUUUAGGGUAGAAAGUUUAGGAAUAUGUACAUUGAGAUAAAAUUCAUACUUAAAUAUGAAUAUUUGUAUGGACUUCUUUUUAAAAUCAGAUUAAUGUUGAGAUAGGACUGACCAUACUUAAGAGUAAAUGCAUGUAAAAUUGACCCAGGUCACAAGUGGACUGAUCUAUCCAUCGUUAAAAUUCGGGGGCUGGGGGAGGUUUCUGGAGAGGGAAAGAAAAAUAGUACUACUUCUGCUCCUCCUUCACCUGAAACCUCCCUGUAUAGUUUGGAGAAGAGCCUUAUUUUAACCUCAUGACAAUCUUCUCCUUGACCUUAAUCCCCCUAAUUAAUCCCAAUUAUAGAACGUUGAGAGCUGUUACAAGCUCACCCAGAACAAUUUCCCUUUUUAUCUAAUAACACUCAACAUUCUGUAUCUCAGCUGCCUUCAGUAUUCUGUAGGUCCUGGAAAUUAAGGAUUAGGUUCUUCUGGGGGCUUCCCCCCUUACAACUAAAAACAUUUCUGCAAACCUAAAAAAGUCCCUUGUUAUGAAGAAAGUACUGUCCACUUUUUGGAUUUCCCUGUUUCAGUUCCAAACUGAUAGUCAUGAGGCUAUGUAGGUUUGAUUGGCGUGUGCUGCAGAUUUUGGCCCCGGAAAGGGAGCAGGGGCAGGGUUAGGGUUAAAUGUGCAAAAGUUGUAAAUUACCUGUAUCUAAAAUAUUGUUGUGGAUAUCUAAUACUGAAAAAGGUUCUCAGGUGCUGGUAUACAGCAUUGUGACCUUGAGUUUAUUGUGUUAGUCUCAGCAUUUUGAUCUAUAGGUAGAACUAAUAGUUAUUUGUUUUUAGAUUGCUUGGGAACAUUUGUAUUUUUUAAUUAGUAGUUCUAGUUUAGCUGAGGGAGCCCUUAACUAUUCUCUUGUUGUUCUGUCCCUUGUGUUAUGAAAGAGAGUAAAAGUAAUUUACAUUUCAUGAUAACAUUUGCUAGUGAAUGAAAAGUGUACUAAUUUGGAUACAUAUAGUCGGAAAGGUUUGUAAAUAUUUUGAAGGAACUUCCUUAAAGCACAUAAUUUAGUUACUUGGAAGAACUCAAUGCAUGCUCAACUUAUUUCACUUUCAGGUAUGUCAGAAAACAGCAAGAAUCCAGAAACUGUUGAUGAACUUCACCAGGCUCCAGAAGAACUCCAGUCUGACUCUGAGGUGAUUGGGUGAUACAAGUGGUUGUAGCUAUUUAAAAUCAACCAAUCAGUAACAGGCUCAGACUGGGGAGAAAAUUGAACCAAUCUCUUUUAAUUGUUCUUGAUUAUAACAGAAUAUUAUUUGUCAAAUUCAAAACAUGAUUAACUGAAAACAAAUUAAUUUUUACAUUUGAUUUUGUAUUGCCCCAUUAAACAGUAAAGUAUUCUGUCAGAGCAUAGGAACAAUAAGGAUUUUAUAGAUAACCUUGCAAGUGUUCUUGUUGUCCCUUAGCUUCAUUUUUGUCCCCACAGGUUUUUUGGUGGUUGGGUCCACCUGGUGCUUUUUCAGGAAAGAUACACAUGACAGACCUCUGUGAACUUAUUGAUCCAGAUUCUUGUGUGUUUAUAGAGAAAUAAUUAAUAAUAAGAUAGAAUCACAGAUGCUAGAUGGUUUGAUAAGUCUUUCAUCACUAUGCCCUGGUACAUAAAAUCUCAUAAUAACCCCCCACUGCUGUUCUUUGGCAAGAUCUAGCUGAAAAGCUUUCAGUCGGCCAGGUAGAAGACAGGGGAGAUAACAUACCCAUCUCUGGUAUUUGCACCCUCAUAAUAUGGAUCUUUGGCUACCACUUAUUUUGAGAUUGAAAACGUUGCCUAGUCUCAUCCUGAAUUUGAGAGACUAUUACAGUUUCAGCUUUUGUUGUAAGGGCACAGUUUCCCCUUUUCGGGUAAGGAGCUUAUUUGGUGCUUGAGUAACUUCUUGCAAAGUGUCCUAUUAAGAUGUGGAACACAAGAAAAUGGCUGAAUCCUGCUCUUAAGUCUGUCCUUGAACAGCUACAACUGGUGCAAAAUGCUCCAGGCCACUUUCAGGUGAUUAUAUCCAGUUGUUGCUGCGUCAGUUGUGCUAGUUGUAUCUUUGGAUAAGGACAGAGCCUUGUUGGUUGUGUCCCUGGUACUAUGGCAAGCUCUGCAUAGUGCAGUCCACCAGAGCUUACACCUGCACCUUUUAGAACAGUUGUGGGAAGUUCUGUUUUUCUAUAAGGGGCCAUACUCCCACUUGGUGCUGAUCUCUUGGCAGCUGCAUGUCAGUAGUGGGCAGGGACAUUCUCUUUCUGGAAUGACUCGAUCAAGAGAAACACAAACAUCAGGCGAAGGUGGCUGCGCCCAACAGAGUCUCUAAUGAAUUGCUUUUUAACUUGUAAACUGCUUCACAUGAUGGUUGACUGCGAAUGUUGGAGGAAGAGUCUGUACAUUGUAAAGAACCCUGUGAGUAGUGGCUACUCAGUGUUGGGAGUAGAGGCUUGGCUUUGUUUUAUCCCGAAAUGCAGCUUGUCCCCAUAGGAAGGAAGUGUCAUUCAUUUAGGUGGGGAAAAUGGACAUCACCAGGGCAGUGGCAAAGCAUGUCUCUGGUGAGUGCCCAAGGUAAGAAGGGAGAGAAGUCUGCCUGGCUGAAUGUGGAGCACAAAAAUCUUCCAUGCUGCUUUCACUCUAGCAGGGGUCGGGUCCAUCAAAGCACGACAUUAUGCAUGGUCAGCCAGUGAGCUUCAUGACUGAGUGGGGAUUCAAAUUCUGGUUUCCUUGGUCCUAAAGGGACUUGCUAACCACUACACUACAUAAGUGUGUUUGGGAUUGAAGCCAGUUCCAUUGGACUCAGUGGGGCUUACUUCUGAAUAGACAUGUACUGACUGUAAAUGAAGGAGGAUGAUGAUGAUGAUGAUAAAUUUGUAUACUGCCCCAUACCUGCAUGUCUCAGGGCAGUUCACAGGAUAAAAUCACAAUAUCAAAACACAAGAAAGUCCCCUUUCCACCCAGUAAAGUGAGAUGUGAUAGGAAGGGUAGGGCACUCAUUCCUUCUUCCAGAAGUUCACUCAGCUUCCCUGCUCACUGCUGAGGAAGAUAAACCUUUUCCUCUGCAUCCACCUCAGAAACUACCAAAGCAGGGGCAGAGCAAUCUGUCUUCCUUAAGCUCACCUGGCAUCCCUCACAGACAGCACAUGUGUUGCAGACCAGAUUAAAAGUAUGUGGAGGGGGAUGAGGAGACUGCAGGCUACAUAGGAAUGUGCCAUGGGUAAGUUUUGAUGUUGAGUCAGACUUCAGUACAGUUUGGUGGUGUCUCCCUUUGGCUUUGAGAAAACAGGGAACACAACCCUAAAUAAGCAAGACUUGUGAUAUAAAAGUAUUUAAAAUAAUCAUAGCUGGUUAAAUUUUGACCUGACUGAUGUGAUUUUGGGCAUUUUGUGUUUAGGCUUCUUAAAUUUUAGAACAUGGUGCUAUUGCGCUGAAUUGUAUAGCUGUAGGCUCAAAGGCUACUCGUGCCUCCAGAGUCAUAUAAUGCAUUGCAGAUUUUAUAGUGUGUACUAAAGUUUUAUGAAGUGUCUUUUAAUUUGUAUUGAGAAACUUUUUAUUGUUUUUAUUGUUUUUUGUUUUUGCAUAGAGCAAUGCUUUUGAUUACAUCAUAGAAAAAGUAUUACACCUACGGAAAGUGAUGCAAUACCUUAUUUCCUAGCAUGAACAUAGGAUUGCAUGUUGUUGGCAGGUGGAUUUUAUUCAGGAGACAUACAUGAUCAAAGAGAGAAGUACAUAACUGAUAGCCUUCUUUCUACAAUCUGUGUACUGGCAGAAAACAGAAAAGAUUUGUUUAUUUAUUGCAUAUAUAUCCCAACUUUUCUGUGGGCAGGAUUCCUGCAUUGCAGGGGGUUGGACUGGAUGAUCCUUGGGAUCCCUUCCAACUCUACAAUUCUGUGAUUCUCUAAGGAGCUCAAGGUGGCGUACAUGGUUCUCCCUUCUGUCUGUUCUAUUAUUGCAACAAUCCUGUGAAUUAGAUUAGGCUGAGAGACUGUUACUUACCUAAAGUCACACAGAGAGCUUCAUAGCCAACUGGGUAUAUGAAACCAACCGCAGUAGGUAAGGAUUUUGCUAGCAUAUAUAAUGAAAUCAUGGUUCAGCAUCAAGUGAACAGACUAGUAGAAGCCACAGAGAGGAGUGCCUUGGGAACUAUUAGGCAGCAUACAUCAAACCAUAGUGUGGUUAAAACUAUGGUUUAAUAUGACGUGCAAACCAUGCCAUUGCUUUAAGAACUGAAUGCUACAUUUGAUUGAUGUGACCUGAUCUGUUGCAAGGCAGGUCUGCUUGAAUGACUAUUACAAUAUGUCAUAAAUUGUAAUUUAUAGUUUACCCUUACCAGGCUUAACUAAUACAGCUAGUGUCUUAGCACUUUCAGCACUGGUCACUCUGCAUGAUGUACUCUGUGGUGACUUGAUUGGUUCAGGCUUUUACCACAUAGUCAUGUGGACUCUUCGUUAGGUCCUUCCACAAUCUAACAAAACCCAGAAGAUGCAGAGAGAUACUCUAGCCCAUGGGGCAUAUGCCGUUUUGCAAAGAUGAGCUAAAGUUACAGAUAAUAGCUAUGUGGUGUUUUCAUAUUACCGUAUUUUUUGCUCCAGAAGAUGCACAUUUUUCCUCCUAAAAAGUAAGGGGAAAUGUGUGUGCGUCUUAUGGAGUGAAUGGCGCUGCGCAGAGAGGGAGAGCUGCGCAGCGCCCCAGCGAAGCAGGAGGAGGAACAGAAGGGGCACCAUUCCUCCUCCCGUUUCACAGGAGAGGCGCUGCGCAGAGAGGGAGAGGGUUGUUUAUUAAAUAGUUUAGUACAACAUUUGAUUCAGAAUAUUUUUUUUCUUGUUCUCCUCCUCUAAAAACUUAUGGUCAGGUGUGUUUUACAGAGCGAAAAAUACGGUAGCUUAUACGUGUGCAUUAGUCUUUUGAUUUGCUUUCAGUACCUUAUAAAAACAGAUGCCAUAGUUACAUGAGUUUUGACUGAUAAAAUUGCAGGUGUUGUGUGAAAGAGGAAACAGUUUGCCCGUAAACUACUUAUUCAGCUGUUUACAGUAUCAAAAUUGUACAUCUGCUGAGAUUAAAUAUAUAACCUAUUAUAAUACUCCAGUGUUAAUGUGGGAACACCAUGGGAGGUAAGUGAACAGCCGUUGGUUGGCCUUAGUCUUAUGUACACUUCUAUAGAGAAGCUGGGGAAACUAGAGUUUUACCUGGCACUGUGACAAUCAGGUGUUUGAUCAGAUGCACUCAUCAGCCUUACGGGCAUUAAUAUUUGAGGCUGCACAACAAGAGGCAGAUGACUCACAUGCGGUGCAGUUCUCUUAAGUCCUUCUGUGAGCAUCUUUUGAUAACUGAAAAGGGUUGCCAUGUACCAAAGUAAAUAUAAAUAUUAUGCUGUUUGGUAAUGUUAAGUGACAGGAAUAUCUAAUGUACUGUGACUAGGAGGCAGAAGUUACUAUGUGGGCCAUCAGUUGUUUUUAUGUGUGUCUAGCACUGGGGUGGGAGCAGACUGACCUGAACAAAGGGUACUUGAUCUACUACUUGCUUUUUGUUUAGGAGACUGAAUAAUUUAACAAGCAUGUUUCAUAGGAUCAUUGUGUUGGGAUCUGCAAAUAUCCUCUUUGUGGUUCAGUGAAAUGUGGUAGUUUAGCGAAAUAGGUAAACAUUUAAUAUUAAUAUCAUUUUAUAACACUCAACAUAUUUCUCUUCAAACUAUAGGAGUGUUCAAUGGCUGAAGAAUCUCCAAAAAAUUCAGCAGCAGAGAUUUCUGUGACAAGUAAUGGAGAACUUGAAGAUACACAUGAGCACAACUAUAACAGGGUAUGAGGCAUAACUAAGCAGUUUAACAAUAUGUAUAAUAGCAAUGGUUUUUAGUGUUUGAGUUUAAUAUAUUUUCUCAGCUAGUGGCUUAAUAUUUUUCAUGGGGAGUGUUACUUUUUGAAUGAUGAAUUUGCACAUAUUUAGAUCAGCUCAAAAUGGGGUUUUUCUAUUGUUAGUUUUUUUAAAAAAAACUUUUUGCUUUUAAAAUUAUUUUUGCUUUAAAAAACAGAAUUUGUGGUACUGUAAGUUGCCUGGUGGCAUUUUGCAUUGGGCAACACAUAUUAAUAUUAAUAAAUAAUGAUGGUGAUGAUAAAAGUAUAGUGUAAAUUAAAUCUCUGAGCAUUUUACUAAUAAUCAAAUUAGAUUAAUGCCUGGAGCAAGCAAAUUAUAGGGUGAAAGUAUUGCCUAGAUUAAUCUAAUGUUCUCCUGCUUGGAGACGGCUUGCCAGCCUUUUGUCUAGAGAUGAAUAUAGGUUUUAUCCUUUCAAAUCGCAAGAUAUGUUGCAAAUAACUCUAUAAAAGUAAUAAAACAUAGAAGAGUAAGAUGCUGUAAUGUUUUAAUUUCUUGCAGUUAAAGUUAUUUGUAGAUUUCAUUUAAUAUUUUCUAGAGUAUAAUUUGUUUUGAUUGUUGGGAAUAAGGAAAGUCCAAUAUCCAGGUGAAUAAAUAAGAGAAUCUGAGAACGUAUUAGACUGCUAGACUAUUCAGGUUAUUCUCUCCUUGUUGACUCCAACUUUAGUUGUAUUUUGAGACAUUAGCUUUCUGGGACUUGAAAUAUAUGCUUAAUUUCUAUCAAGUUGUGGUGACCAGGAAUUUUGCUUGGGUAGGUAGGGCUUGUUAAUACAGGCAGGAUGAGAAUAUGUGCCUGCAAGUACAUGAGGCACAAGGCUUCCCAACCUCAAGCCACAAAGGGAUGGGGAGGAGAGCAAGAGCUACAUGCUUCAGCCACCACCCACCCACAAACACCUCCCUUCCAGCACCAGACUCACGGGACCAGUAUGUUUUGCAAGCAAAGUAGGAAUGUGCUGCCACCUCCCUCCAGCACCCGUUGAUUAUGAUUGCUAUUUGAAAUAGCAUUCCAUUGAUACUAACUGAUGGGAUCAUGAUGCCGUGUCAGUUUGAACUUGAGGAUUCUGUCUUAACUGCUUUGUGAAUCAGACAAUUAAUGUAGCUGCAGUGAUUUGAGAGAACAGGAGGAAAAGAAUAUCUAAGUAUUGCUUUCUUUGCUGAGAGUGAUAGGGAGGUGUGGGAGCAAGUGGUGGUGGGGUGACUGUAAAUGGCAGGAUAGCAGAGUGUUGCGGCAGUCCUAGAUGUCUGCUCAGAAGUAAGCCCCCAUUGACUUCACUCCCAUGUAAGUGAGUAUGGAGUUGCAGCCUGAAUUCUGAAGGUUUGUUAUUGAUGGGAAGGAUGAAAAAAGGUUCGUCUAGGUGGCUAUGGAGAGGCUGGUCAAAGUAAUAAGUGAUGAAAAUCAGUGCUGAGGGUGUAGAAAUCUUUUGCAUAUGUGUCCUUAUUUUGCAUGCUUUCUUUGAAGUUAAUUAUUUUUAACUUUCUUAGAAUGUUUUCUGUGUUACUCCUUUUUGCAAAGAGCACCUUUUUCUGGCUGCAGGAGACCUACAAAUAUGGUGUGUGUUGGUUAUUAGGGCUUAUCUUCUGGAUAUGUAAAAGUAUCAUGCUCCCAUUAAAAUUAUCCAUAAGCAGGCUAGCAACUUUUGUUGGCUUAUUUACAAGGCUGACAUUGUUAAGUGAAAUAUUCUUGCCGAAUAGGGAUUGCUAUUGUAAAAUAAACACUGCAUGAAUAAAAUGAAAUUGUAACAUACUUUUGUGUCCACUAGGGGCUGCUCUGGUAUAGGCUGUGUGGUUUGAGGGAUAACCUCUUUCAGACUUGAAAAAGUCUUAUGUUUUAUACCUGGCUGGUUGGCUGUGCCCAUAAAAUGUUUGUAGAAUCAUCUGCUGCCUCUGUAAAAGUAGGAGAGCACUUUCAACAACUAUUGAGGGAGAUCAGAUCUAUUAAUUUUCAGAGGGGAAGGAACGUACCAAUAUGAGAGGAUGUGGCAGGGCGUUUUCCAGUUUAUUUAAAAGAUUUUAUAAAGCCUUGCUGCCACUUCAUGUCAGUGGAGCUGCAAUUUGCAGCCUAGCAGUGUUGCAAUAUGCUGCUACAGAAUGGAUCUAUGGAAAAAAUGGGGGCAGCCCUUCCCAUUGUGUCAUUCUGUGUAGGACAGGGGUCAGCAGACUUUUUCAGCAGGUGGCCGGUCCACUGUCCCUCAGACCUUGUGGAGGGCCAGACUAUAUUUUUUUUUGGGGGGGGGGAGAAUGAAUUCCUAUGCCCCACAAAUAACCCAGAGAUGCAUUUUAAAUAAAAGCACACAUUCUAGUCAUGUAAAAACAUGCUGAUUCCCGGACCAUCUGAAGACGAUUGGGCCAUAUCCGGCUCCCGGGCCUUAGUUUGCCUACCCGUGGUGUGGGAUGUUACAAUGCUGCUGCUGCUGCUGCUGCUGCUGUUGCUGCUGCUGUUACUUAAAACGGUGCCAAGGCUUUUGAUUGAAGGAAAUCAUUAUUGCCUGUCUGUCAGAAGGAUUUCCUAAACACAACUCCAUGUUGCUCCCAAGUCCCUUGCAUAGCGAAAGUAGUAGAAAUUAAUUGCUGCAAACUUGUAUUAAGGUAUUUAAUUAUGUAGACAGUGCAUUGGAAAACAAUAGCUCUUACCAUCAGAAAGUUUUUUCUGAUGUUUUAGUUGGAAUCCUCUUAUCACUUUGUUAAACUGGAAGCUACAAAAUGCUUUCAAAAUCUGUUCUUGAGUAAUGCUGAAUAGACGUUAUCACAUUAAUUGCUGGAGUUCAAAUGGAAGAAAGUAUAUGCACCCUUGAGUUCAUUACUGGUAGCCCAUUCAAUGGAGUGGCUGGCUGGCAGGUCCCUCUUAACUACUCUUUAGGACAGGAAACCCAGCAGACUAAAUUAUUCUGCAGGACACACAAGUAAAGUUACUGCCUUGUGCUGUAUAAAUAAUGUCAGGAAAUUAUCUUUGUCAUUUGAAAGCUUGCAUCACUCAUCUUUGCUCAUUUGGGAGCACUUGACAUAUUAGCACUUCUAGGUGUGCCCCACAGAGGAUGGGAAAUAUUGCAGGGGGGAAGUUGGAAGGGGGUUUCAUAUGCCUGGUGUGUAGGGCAGACUUUCCAAUAACUAAUUCUGCACUGUGACCUAUAUAUUGGGUUUUGCCCCCUUUUUAGAAUUGGUUUUGGUCUAUGUUACUCAUUUAGUCACUCAAGGCUUCACAGCUGCCAAAAAUGCAGUUUCUGCAGAUUUUCUGACAUGGGACUUUAGCUCCCAAACUCAUUUUCUAAAGUUGUCAGAGCUGUAGGGCAGCACAUUCCAGCAUCUGACAUUGGCAUGGGGUCCAAGGGCCCCCUGGGAGACUCCUUACCUCCCCAGAAGCCGACUUGGAUCCAUCAGCCCCCAAAGGAGCAGCUACAUGAAUCUUGCUUCCCCUUCAUCAGCCCCAGUUCUUCCCUCCAUAUUUGUAAAAGCGUUGUUUAGAGUAUAGGAUGUUAAUCAUUGUUUUAUUGAUUUCUAGAGAUUCAGUUUCCCUUCUUUUUUGUUCUAUGAGUUUAAGGAGGUUUUUGCUCCUGUUUGUAGUGUGAUGAGAGGGUCAUAAUUUAUUGUUCUAAUUUACCAAUUUUUGAGGUUUGUUUUUUAAGGUUCUCUCCUUUAUCCAGACUCCUCUGGUGACCACUUUCAUUGUGUCCCAGAGGAGGGGGUUAUUAUGUUGCCCACAUAAUUGUCCUUAAAGUAGCUUUGGAGAGUUUUCAAGAGACUCUCUCUAGCCAGUUGGUUUGUGAUUAGGACGGGGCUAAAGGACCGUGAUGGGGUUGUUUGUGUUUCUUCUCCUAUUAUAAGAGUAACUUCUACUGAGGUGUGCUCUAUGAUUUUAAUGUUACCAAUGUUUGUUGUUUCUACCAUGGGGAACAGGCCUUGUGUGAGCUGAAUUCUGUCCAGUCUGGACAUUGUGCCAUGGCAUUCAAACUGGAAUGUGUGGCUGGUGUCUUCUAGGUUCUUUUCUCCCUGGAUGUCAUAAAGGCCUCUGUUUCUUUGAAUUUUCAGUAGCUUGUAAGAGUCUCUAAUUGUUUGGGGUUUCCCACUGAGGAAGGUUGCCCAUGGGGUUGUAGGAUGGAUGUCUUUUAGGGAGGUGCCUCUCAUAUUUAGGUUGAGGUCAUCUCCUAGGAUUGCUUCCCCUUUGGAGGAGGAGAGGAAUUUGCUUAGUGUCUUUUGGAUGAACUCUAGUUGUUUUGUGUUUGGGGCAUUUAUGGAUCCAUUUGUCAGUUUAGUUUCCCAUCUAGUACCCCUUUAGCAAAAAUGAAUCUGCCUUUUAGCACUGUUGUGGCUUUAAAAUUUAGGUCUCUACUGAGUACUAUGACUACCCUGCAGACCUUACCUGAGCCAGGGGCCACCCAUUGUUGACUGAAGCAGGGUUCACUCAGGAGUUUGCUUCCUGUAUUUGUAUUUCCUGUAGAAAGGCAAUGUGUGAUUUCAUUGUGCUUACAUACGAGGUGAUGUGUUUUCUUUUGAUAGGGUUUCCCAGUUCCCUCAAGUUUAGUACAGUUGCUUUUAAGCUAGCCAUUUUGUAUGUCUGUUAUAUGUGAUGUUUUCCUGCCAACCCGUCUGGGUUGUCCUGUGUGUAUCUCCCCUUACAUUGUCUGUCAAACCUAGAGUGUUGUGCCGACAUACAAUGUGGGAGAAGGGGAGUUAGGGUUAGAGAUGGGCUGAAUAGUGGGGGGAUAUGUUAUAGAGGGUAGCCUAUAUGUAGUUAUAUGAGUGUUUGUUUGGGGAAGCUUGGACCAUUUGGAUUCCAGCCUGUUGGUCCGGUCACCCAUAUUAAUAACAGUUAAAGCUACAGGCAGCUGAGAAUAGGCAUCAUUCAUUUUUAUGUUUCUUUGUGGAUUUUGGUCAUUGUCAACUCUGCAUUUCAAAGAGUUGCCAGUGAAUUACAUUAAAGUGACAAAAGGUUGGUGAGAGAGUUGUCUAUAAAGCAGGUGCCCUAUUCCAACCAGGCCUUGAAAAAGUUACAGAAACUAUACAUGUUUUUUAAAACCUUUUAAAGCAUCGAGCUAAAAAUUGAGAUAUGGGUAGGCUUUUGGCAUGGUUUUUUGUGCCUAUUAUGGUCAUUAACAUUGUGGUUUUGAAACUAAUGCUGACAACCUUUCUCAAUAGAGGCUGGAUUUCUUGAUUAGAGAUUAAAGCCUUAAUCCCUGGUGUUUGUUCAUUGCUAUAAGACUUUGGCACUUAGUUGAAAACAAGAAAAUGUUUCAGAUGUGCCAGAAGUUGGGUGUGGUAAGGGGAUGAGAGUGACUCUAGGGAGGAAUAUUGUACAGAGGUCCCAUAGAGCAGCAUACUUCUAUAGAGCAUUAGCAGAAUGGGCAAGUAACAGAAUGAUUCAGAAAACCGAGAUUUGUACCUGGGAAUAAAGUUGAGAAAGCCACUGAAAAGCAAAUCUGGUUCAUAUCUUUGUCAAAUCUUGUUGAGGGUAUUUAAGGGGAUUUACCAGGGCUGAGGGGAACACCAUAAGUCAGCGGUCGCUCUCGCUCUCUCCCUCUCUCUCUCUCUCUCCCCCCCUUUAAAAAAACUAACAAACCCCAAACCACGCAUAGUUUUCUUGUAGAAAUAAGCAUCCAUACCAAAGGAAAUCAGUGCCUAUUCCGCCAGUCAGGGCAGUGAUUGCUAGUCAACUGAAAUGUAAGUUGUAUUUCUGGCAAAAAAAGGGGAAAUAAAAAAUCCUACUUAGUUGAUCAGCCUAUGCAAUGCUGGGAAAUGUAGCAGGGUGUUAACUGUGUUUCUUAACCAUACUGGGUGGCAGAAUGCUACCUUUGCAACUUUCCUUAUUUCUGUAAGUUAGCAUGUAAGUUUCUGACUUUUAAUAUGAAAGCAGAAUACAUGCAGUGAGAAGCCUGGACUCACAGACUUCUAUGAUUUCAGCCCUGGUGUGGACAAAUUAGGAUGCAGCUGUAGGAUUCAUUUAUACAAUCAAAUCUCGGUUCUCGAACGGCUCUGUUUUCAAACGUUUCAGCUCCUGAAUGCCAAAAACCCAGAAGUAAAUGCUCCGGUUUUCGAACAUUUUUCGGAACCUGAACGUCUGACGCGGCUUCCGCUUGAGUGCAAGAAGCUCUUGCAACCAAUUGGAAGCCACUCCUCGGUUGUCAAACGUUUCGGAAGUUGAACUGUCUCCCAGAACGGAUUAUGUUCAACAACUGAGGUUUGACUAUAUCCUCAUUUUACUGUGGUGUAGUAUUUCUUGAACUACUCAGCCAUUAUUAGUCAUUAUGUUGAGGAAAUCUUAGCUACACUAACAUACCACAGACAUGCCAAUGCUAUUGCUACCAGAGGUAAUGGCAAACCCUGGGCUAGAGAUGCUUGUCUCCUUUAAUUUUCAUUAUUAUUAUUAUUAUUAUUAUUAUUAUUAUUAUUAGCUUUUCAUCAUGAGGUCCCAGGAUUGGUCAGCACAGUGUAAAAUACAACAUUGAAAACAGUUUAAAACAAAUUGCAAUCACAACUAGAGUGGGUUCUUGUUUCACCAUAAUUGUUUAUAUUGAGGUUUGUAAACCCACUUGAAACCAUUUCCUAUUUUGAUUAACCAACAAGUCAUGAACCAUAGUUUAUCAGUUCAGAUAUUUCACAAAUCCAAAGUUAAAUUUAGUUAAUAGCUUGUCUAAAUUGAGCCUUACGUCUUAGUCAAAUGUAAUGCUGCCCAUUGUUUGACAUUAUGUGCAUGAACCUAGAACUCUGCACUCCCUCCUUCCCCUGACACAUGGCAAGUCCCUACCUCUGAUACAUGUUUGUCUUGGGGUUUGUCCCAGCUUACAAACCAAGCUUGAUCCUAGUCUACAGGCAAGUGCAAAUUACAGUUUACUUGUAUGUAUAAAAUUGCAAGCUAUAGUUUGCUGCAAAUAAGGAUUGAAGAAGAAAGCAGAAGCAUGUAAGUCUGAAGUUUCUAAGGGUUUGUUUUGGCAACAUCUAACUAUAGCCUGCCAUAAUGUCUAACUGUAAACUUCUAAAAAACUUUUUAAUUUUUUUUAAGGUAAAAUAGUUCCCAAUUUGGGGAAUGGAGGGAGUUGGUUUUUUUUUAACCAUUUCAAAUACCUUCUGAAUUUGAUGCAAAUCUCUGACAUUUGUGUUCAUUUUGGAAUUGCUCAAUCAGCCCUUGCUCCCAGGUCCUCUUUCUCAAACCUUCCCAUAACUGUGGGUCAGUUGCAUGGAGGACUGGCAACAGUAAAUACCUUAGGCGUAGGACCUGGGCAUACCAGCAGUUCCCUUUGUUGUCACUGAGCAGCGGAGGAAAUGUAGCUUGCUGUGUGAAAACUCAAAAUCUGGGGCAUCUGCUGUCCCCUCCUUAACCAGGUUAAAUUGGGGGGAAGAAGCAGUGGGAUCCAAAUUCUUGUCUAAGCCUUAAUUCAUGCUGUAUCAGACCCAGGUUGGUUCUGAAUGGAGCCCUGGGGACUUUGUGGCACUAAGUUGUGCUUGAUACCACACGUUUUCCUAACAUGCUGUUAGGGCUAGCUCAGUUUAUUGAUGAGGACAAUGAUAAUAGAAAGCUUUUUGCUAGAAACUGUUACGUUUUAUUAUCAUCUCAUAACUAUAUUCACCAAAUUUGGCUUGUUGAGUAAACUGUUGCAAGAAGUGGCUUCUAUAUGUAAGGUAUCCCAAACUUAAGAGAUAUUCUCUAAGGCAGAAAUUAUAAAACUCUGUCCUAAAUGUCCUAAACACAUUUAUUUAGAAUGCAGUUGCAUUGAACUUGAUGGAACUCGUCUCAUUCUUAAGCCUUCCAAAUGGCAGAGGGAUACUUGAAGUCAAAGCAAAAUCCUUUAGGAAAGAAAUUGGAUAUAAGUACUAUAUUGACCCAAUCAAGGUGCAUUCUAGACCACAAGUUAUAUUGCCCUCCCCAGUUCCUAAUAGAAACCACUUUGUCCUUGUAAACCAUUGGUAUAUAGCAGGCACAUCCAACUCCCAAGAGACUGCGAACUACACCCAGUAGAGCCAAAGUUGUUGACCUUUUUUAGGGGGAGACAAAGCCAAAGUUGUUGAGCUUCUUUUAGGGAGGAAUAGCAAAGCAUGUUAGCUUUAUUUUUGGGGGGGGGACGGACACCGCUCACCUAUAACAACGAUGUUUUCUAACUCGUUGGCAAAAUACCCAUUUGACACAACAAAGGAAAAGAGCAGUGGGGGGGCCGGGAACUUUCAUUCCAUUGUUUAUCACUACUGCCGAUCUAUAGGGAUCCCGCGGUGCACCACAGUCAUCCAGGGAUCGAUCUGCUGGUUGGACACCCCUGGCAUAUAGCACCUGGUUCACAAAUGUAAGUGAAAUGUAUGAUGCAGACUGCAAAGCUGUACUGUGUUAAGUCAUCAUAAUAGAAUCUCAUGACACCAUAAACUAGAUUCUAGGCUGUCAAAUGCCUUGUUAUAGAGGAGCUUGAUAGGUUGUUAUAAUGCCUACAAGUUCCUUUAUCUGGGAUCUUUACAUGGAUUUCCCUUUUUAUUCAAACAUUUCUAAGGACUUGAAGCACUCAAUCCCAGCUGGACUUGGUCUGUCUGAAACCCAAAUUACAUCGCAUGGCUUCGACAGUACCAAAGAGGGAAUCAUUGAAGCUGGACCAUUUCAAGGUAAGUAAUUACUGAUGAACUAAGAAUAUUUACUACAAAUACAUUAAUGAUAGAAAAGGGAUUCUAUGUAGUAUUCAUUGUUACUCAUUUGUAUGUUUAAAAAAAGAAAAAGCACUUUGGCCGGAGAAUAUGUCUAUUCGCAAUUCAUUCAAUGAAUUUGUACAUGAAAAAACUCUGCUGAGUUCUAAAGGCUAGUUCAUGGUGGUGGUGGUGGUGAGAUAAAUAAUGGUCAGUAUACACAAAAGGGCUUGCCCUGUGGAGCAGCCCCCAUAAUGGAGCUGCCUCUGUUUCAAAGCAGCCCUAACAUGAAAUGUUGAUGUACAAGUUUCAGUCUAGUUUCUCCAGUAUUUUGUGUACAUGUAAUGUGUUGAUCGAAUAAGGAUGGAUUUUCAUGGUGUAUGUCCCGUUUUCAGGUCCCUCGUCAUUACCCAUGUCACCUGUUGUAUCUCCUAGCAGCGCAGCUGCUAGCAGACUGGCUGAACAAGGGAGUGAUUUAAUUAUGCCGAAAGGUAUUCAGAGGUUUAAGCAGAUAACACUCUUGCUGAUACAAUACUAACUCCCAAGUUAGCAGAUAAUUUGUUAUGAUUCCUUUACUUGCUAUUGCUAAGCAUAACAGCUGCUUUUUCAUGGUUCUGUCACUUGGCAAAGUAACCAGUGCAUUUUUCUUUCUGUAUACUAUCUUUCUUUACUAUUAAACAUGAUCAAACAAAUAUUAUCAUCAGGAGAAUGAUUUGAGGAAUGACCUUGCUACUGCAGUUUUCUCUUGUAGUGGUAGUGGUGUUCCAUUAGUUCUCCAUUAUAACAGGAAUAUAUAAUUUCCAAGGCUAUACCAUGGACUGCUUGGCUUUGAUCAAGUUAGUCUAGUGUUGGUACUUCGUUCUGAAAGGGUAGAGUAUUUCCCAGGUCUAUUGUAUAAGGCAGCCUCCCCCAUCCAGGUGCCAUCCAGAUGUUUUGGACACCUCCCAUCAUUCUUGGACAUUGGCCAUGCUAGCUGGGGCUGAUGGCAGUUUAGCCCCAAACCCAUUUAGGACAUCAGUUUGGGGAAGGCUUUUGUGUGUAGGGUAUUCUGCAGACAUUAUUUGAGGUAUGAUGAAGUUGAGAGUAUGUGUCAGUGAUCAGCACUGAAAUCUCUAAAUGUACCUGAGGCCUUCAUGUUUUAGCCUUUUAAAAAUUAGAUUCAUGCAUGGUUGGAAAUGUGAACAUAUUUUAAAGGUUAUAGAAAGCACUUGCUAUCCAGUAAUUGUAUGAGCCACUUAGAAUGAACUGAUAAUACUUUGGUUUACAGCAAUUUAAAAUCUGCUUGCUUGUGGCUCUGCUGGAUCAUUUGCAGAAAUCAAAUGAAUUGAUACCUUCCUAAAGUUGCUAUUGGUUGUUAAUGUUUAGGUCAUAGCCCAAACAUGUUCCUACUGGAUUGUUAGCUUUCACAUAGCAAACAUCUCAGGUUGCAGCUUUUAGAAUUGCAGGAGAUGGUGUGCUUCUUCUCAACAUGCUCUAUCCUGUAUACUAAAAUAACAUCAUCUGUGGGAGUCAACACCAUCCUGACAGUUCAUCUUUGUACUAGCAAGCUGCAAUGCCACACAUUUUUUUUUAGUUAGCUAUGAGUAUUGCUAUGAAGGAACAUAUCAUAAAACUGGUAUAGGUGAGGCAUAUGUUGCAAUUUGGAAUGUUUUCCAACAAUUCUGUGCUUGUUUCUGGUGGGUGUUUGUAAAAAGAGCAGACUUUAUGCACUCCCUAUCUGCAGUUCAAUGCCACUAAAUAUAGAGUGCUGAUGGUAACAUUUUAAAAUUCACAGCCUUGCUUGCAAUUCUUUUACUAACUUCUACUUAUGGCUGGGUUCCACUGCUCUCUUGAUUUUGAAGGUCAUGGUAAAAAAUCAUUUCAAAAUUAUUGAGAUGCCUAACUGAAUCAUUGCAUGAAUUUGGGAUAAUAAUUCUGAUUUGGAAUAUGGUGCGCUAAAAAAGCCCUCUGGUUGACGAAACUGUAAUGUGGCUGCUUUCUCUCCUCUACCUUGCAGUGUAUUUGUAGUCAUCACUAGAGUCACUUUAGAAUCACUGUGUGAUUCUUCACACAUGUCUUCAGAGCAUCAAAACAUCUGAAUGGGGUGAUGCAUCACAUGCAAACACAUGGUAGGCACAUCCUAGGUUCACCACAGCUCACAGCUCAGAAAGACAUCUGCUUUAAAAAAAUUGAAGCCUUCUUGAGUAAUGGGAUGCUAUAGAAGUUAGAUGGGGUUGCCUCUUCCCUUGACAACAGUGAGCAGCACUCAAGCAUGCUGUACUGGUAUUUAACUGUCAGAGCUAUUUAUUUAUUUAUCUAUCUGUAUAUUAGUUAUAGGGAAGUUAAUUCUGUCUGCAUAUCUUUUUAAAAGUGAAAUGGCAUAGUUACUAUGUCAUGUAGAUGUCCUCUUGUGACUUGAUCUUGCUCCUCUCAACUCUGAAACAAGUCCCAUAGAGUUCAGCAGACUGGCUUCCAGUUAAAUGUGUGUAGGCUUGUAACCAUAACUGCUAUGCAGAUAUUUAAAAGAACCAGUCUUCGUAAGCUUUACUGCAACAUAUGCCUUUAGUGAAAAUACAAGAUACUGCAUGUUUUCCACAUGCUGAGAGAAUUGUUAAUUCAUCAGUGUACUUGGACAUCAGUUCAUACUGUGAACAAUGCAACAGCUGGCAAAUGCAGUAAUUAAUUGAGUCUGCUUUGUAGCAUUUUCUAAUAUCCUGUUCAUAAAAGUAUUUUAAAGCUUCUUAAUUAAGAUCUCCAAAUUACUGACUAUUGUAACUUAAAUCCAAAUACCCAAGCAAUCUUAUUCUUUAAGGUUCACCAUAAUAUUAACACAGAGAUUAGUGUGCUAUUCACUUCAGAAUGAAGCGGGAAAUGCUUUACUUUGUAGCUUUCUGUUUAAGUGGCACACUUCAGCAUGCCUAUUUACAUCUGGUUUCUAAACAGGCAAUCUAAGAAUGCAGCAGAAAAGUGGACCAGUUGUGCUAGCAGAGGAGGCGAAGAACCCAGCCAUGGAAAAACUGGAGCUUGUAAGAAGAUGGAGCCUAAAUACUUACAAGGUUUGUAUUUCAUAGUUGCAGUUUAGAUCCCACAGAUGCAAGCUAAGCAUUCUCUCUUGGCCUGUUGGCUAAGAGGAAGCACUGUUUCCAAUGCUUCAAAUGUAAAAGGAUUUGGCGGUUUACCAGAAUUAGAAGUCUUAAGAGACUGACGUGCAUUUUGAAAAUUUAAUCUCCUUCUGCUACAGUGACCCCUUGGGAUGAAGAGAGGCUUUUGGAAUAGUGACAUGUAAUAAGGAACCUAAUUUGUUUUUCUAAAAUUUACUUCUUCAAGAUUAUUUUGAGUACUGUGUGAACUUCUUAAUAAAGUGGGCUAUUAAGUAAUUGCUUUGAAGUUAUUUGAAUUGGUCAUCUCCUAAUAGAACUGCUGAAAUUGGCAAGAAAUGCAACACGUGUGUAAGAUUUACACACAAUAAGAUCUCGAAUUUCAUUGUUAUGUGUGCUGCUCAUUAUGUAGUCAGUAGAUUUUAGAUUGCAAAAGAAGGGGCAGUGUGUGUUUUAAUGGUGCUGUUUUGUGCUUAGGGUGUAUAAUUUAUUAUGUCAUUUUGCAGCAUAUUUCAGCUUAGGAAAAUGUAGUAUAAGUAACCAUUAAUGGAUUUCUUCCUCAAAUAGCUAGUUCAAAGACACAUUACAUCUUUCCCAUAUGUAUGUGCUCCUCACAUGGAGAAACUUAAUGCGCCUGAGCUCAUUUAUAAAUGAGUGACAAAAUGUGUCCAUGGGCUAACUGUGAUUACCUUGCCCUCAGCUUUGUGCACCUCGCUUCUGCAUGUUGACAUAGCAUGUUAAGGGUGAUCUGCAUGCGUUAUUUCAACAAAGUUUAGGCUCACAUGCUUACAUUCCCUCCCUCGUUUUCUGAUUCACAGCGGUUACAGUAUAUAAAUGCCACUUUCAACAUGGGAGUGGCUAACUGGCUAUAUCUGUGAUCCAUAACUUCCACAUUGUUUUUUCCAUUUACAUGUAUACCUAUUGAAAGUUAGAAUUUCUUUCAAUGCAGAAUCAGGAAUUUGUAUUGUUGCGUGAACUGGUCCAUAUGGAACUUGGUAAUUUUAAGCAGGUAGUGAAUUGGCUCCCUGCUCUCAGAGUCUAUUAUGUGCAUCCCAAAUCAUUCUGUGCUUUCAUGUUUGAUCAUUUUUGUUGAUGGAAAAUUUUAAGAAUUAUGAUUGUUUCAAAACUUGCCCCUGCAUUUGCUCUUGAUCAUGCUUUCUGUUUAUCUGUUCACCAUUUGGCUGCCUCAUCAGUUGCUUAGGACAGUAUUCCUCAUUAAAGUUCCUGCAACUUUAAAAAAAAUGCAGUGGUUUCUUUCUUUCUUCACAUUUCAUUGUGGCCCUGUGCUUGGUUUACUAUUCAGAGUAUUGGUAAGUUUCUUUGUGUGUUAAGCCCACACAGAAGAUUGACUAAUACUAAAAUCUGCUCUCUAUUUUUCAGGAUGAAUUGAAAUCUUUUUAAUGAGCUUUUUCAGUCUCGAAUGGCUACAUAGCAGCAGUAACCCAAAAUGACACUUUUACCCUUUAAUCAGAAAAAUACACUUGUUCUUUUUUCGCAUACAGAACCAGUAUGAAUUGUACUAGCUUGCUCUAAUUGGCUUUUCACAGAGUUAAGUGAGUGGAUACAUACUACAGGGAUCACAGAUCUACUUUUUAGAGUUCUAGAUCAACAUUUGAAUCACUAGUGUGGUGUACUCAGUAUUUUAAUAUAAUUUUUGGAGUCCUAAACAGGCUACGAAUUGUGAAGAAAGCUUCUUGGGUGUGUUUUAUUUAUUUAGCAAAAUAUUUAUGCUGCCUGAUUGUAAGAAAAUUGUAAUUUUACACUUUGUUUUGCAAACUUUGCAGUGUACUCGCCAGAUUAUCUCUGAGAAGCUGGGUCGAGGCUCACGAACAGUAGAUUUGGAAUUGGAAGCUCAAAUAGAAAUACUGAGGGAUAACAAAAAGAAGUACGAGAAUGUCCUGAAAUUGGCACAAACAUUGUCCACACAGCUUUUCCAGAUGGUGAAUACCCAAAGACAGCUGGGAGAUACAUUUGCAGACUUGAGUUUGAAAUCAUUAGAACUCCAUGUAAGCAUUUAAUUGCAAUAGAAAAAUAGUAAAGUUACAGGAAAAUUGGAAAUGCCUCCAUUUGUUUAGUCUAAUUUUUAGUACGAUUGCCUGAUAACAGAUAGCAUAAUUUUAAAAAAGAGAACAGCAUGAAUUGUUGCCUUGCAUGUUAAUCACUAGCUUUCUCGCUCAGUGGGGCGGGGGAGCCUUUUUGACUUAUCAGGUCAGAUCACCUGAAGUUACAACUAUUUCAGUGGACACCAUCUCCCUGCCUAGAGAAAAGAAAGGGGAUGGACAACUGAAAUUGCAGCUAAAAUGGAGCAAAAGUAUCCCUGACCAGGAAGGGAGUUCGCAUUGAAAUCCCCAGCAGGGUUCAACUCCUUGUGCAUCCUGAUUUCUGCAGGGUUCAAAUGUGCAAGCUCGUUCCUGGGGUGGGGGGUGGGGAACCUAGCUCAUGCACUUGAGCCCCACAGGAUUAAACUUGCCAGACAAGAGCCGAUGUGCAGAUAUUUUGGUCCUGCAUUCCCUAGGGGUUGGCUGUGUAAGCAGCUGAUCCAACCAUGUCUCCACCUGCCCCACAUCUAACAUCACAUGACAUCAGUUGUGAGGCAUGUGGGAAUGGUUUUGGGAAAUGGCUUCACAAGCCAAGUGGGGAGGCCUGGCAGCCCAAAUCUGGCACAUAGGCCAGGGUUCCCCAUGCCUACUCUAGCUAAUCUCUGCACAUUUGUUUCAAUUUUUGCAAUAAGCUAAUUUAGGGCAGAAGCUGUACCUAUUUGUGCUUAAUGUUAAGCCAUGGUUUCUUAUACAAACCGUGAGUUAUUCCACAGAUGAUCAGACAACAGUUUCUUGCUUUGUUUUUCAGCUGGUUUUGCCUUGUGCCUUUGUAGUUUGGUGAUCAUUUGGGAUGCAGUAGCCCAACUAGCCAAUAAUGCUUGAGUGUUUGUGCAUUACACUAAGCCAUAGUUAAAACAAAUCAAGUUCAUAAGCUAAAAAUAAACCAUGGCUUCAGAUGAUGAUUUGCUGGAAGUAAAUGAACCAUAAUUAAACCACUGGGUAUGAUUUGCACGUAUUAGCUAAGCCAUGGAUUAAUAAAAUUAUCGUAGUGUUAUGUACAAACAGGACACCACAAUUUUUACCCAUAGAAAAGCCAUUCAUUCCACUCUUAAAAUGAUUAUAGACUUGUGGCAUAUAGAAUAAAGUACUUACAAAUGGAGAAUUCAAUUUUGUGAGAGAAGCUAAUCAGUAAGCUAACACAGGCUAUUUUAAGGCUUUGAAGUCUCUUGAUUACUAUGAAUAGUGUCAAUAAUUUGGCGUUUAAUAGAUAAUGGAAAGUUAAGCAUUCAAAAACACUGUUAUAUUUCCAAUCUCUUAACAGGAGGAAUUUGGAUACAAUGCAGAUACUCAGAAACUUCUUGCUAAAAACGGUGAAACUCUACUUGGGGCAAUUAACUUUUUUAUUGCUAGUGUGAACACUUUGGUGAACAAAACUAUUGAGGACACGUUAAUAACCGUGAAACAAUAUGAAAGUGCCAGGUAAUGGAUUAUACAAUAUUCUCUGAUGUCUUCCUGAAGUAUGUAGUUUUAACACAUAGGCUAGUUGUUGGUUGAAUUUUGAGUUUAGAUAUCAUUAAGACAUACUGUCCACAGAAACAAAUUCAAAUAUACAGUCUGAGGCAUUUUUACCCCGCUGUUUAGCCCGAAAGCCCUCACCAGCUUACAUGAGAUCAAUAGCAAACAAAGCAGUCCCUGCCCUCGGGCUUAAGACAUGACAUAAAAGGAAACAGGGAUGUGGAGGGCAGGUGAAAACUACCCAACUGAUGCACCAGUUAUAAAUUUAUAAGUAUGUCAGGAAACCAUAUUAUGUAGCUACAGCCUUUUUCAUACCUUUUCUUUCUGGUCCUUUUCCACUGCUGAAGAAGCAAGCUGCUGUUCAUCUUCGAAAUUAAUCUAUUUGAGGGUGUGAGUUGAUGUGGGGAACAUUUCAGAGAAAGAUCUGGCUAUGCCAUAGUUUCCAGUACUUGCUUGUAAAUGACUUUAUUUUUAUCUUACUCAUUUAAUAUAUACCACUCUGUACUGAAGACAGUCUCUAUACAGUUUACAAAAUAACAAUUACAAUACAAUACAAGACAAGACAAUGAAUACUGAGAAAUUACCAUAUAAUUCACUGCCAUAAAACAUUAAAAAAAAAAAAGCAGCAAAGCUACAGAUUUUGAGACAUCUUUAUAUAGAGUUCAGCCUCCCUCUUGCCAAGGCACAUUCCGACUCAAAAAAUGAAACACUUACCCCGUUAACACAUACACAUCACACACACAUUCUGCCUGUAUUUAUACAAAUCAUACAUCACCUACUACUCAUUCAGUACUACACACACAUCCACCAGUACACACAAUCACUCUCCCACUCAGUCACAACCGCUAUCACCCGUCACUCCUUCCACUCAACAAAAAUGUACUGCAGAAGCACCAGGAGACAAUGAAACCAUUCACUGACAGAACCACAUAAAUGACACUACACAUUGCCACCCAUCCGUCACUCAGAGAUUCGCUGUUCCUGAUAGCAAUCUGGCUCUCACCCGGAUUGCUCUGUCUCACCCAAAGAUGUGUUGAACAGCACACACCCCUCCCUGGUACUUCUUUCUGUCACCAAAGGGCCCUCAGACAAUUAAACCCAUGCAAGAGGCAUUCCAAAAGGCAAAACUUGAAGAAGGGGUGCUCAGCCUUGCUGGUUCUGUAGCUCUCUGGGUGGAUGGCAGUCAUUAGCUGGUUCCACACUUCCUCUGCAGUUCUGCUCCAACAAAAUGACUCCCGGGGCACCCAGUUGCAAAGUCGUAAAAAAGUCAGUAUCUCCCUCACAGAGUGCUAUAGUCUCAUUGAUGAGGGGAAGGGUAGAGAUCAGUCAAGGGUGGAAAUGCCAUCCAUUAUUGCUUAAAAAUAUUCUAAAGCAAGGGUGGGAAACCUGUAGCCCACAGGCCAAGGUUGGCCUCCUAGACCUCUCUAUUUGGCCUGCUGAGCCAUUUUCCCUAAACCACACCCGCCAUUGGAGCAGGUAUCAACAUGCCUACAAAGUAAUAAUUAGGAGCUUAAAGUUUGCUAUUGAUUUUUCCUCUACUGGAGAAAGGUGUGCUCCCGCCACUUGUUGGGUGCGCCUUGCUCAUACAGCACCGAAGGUUUGCAUUGAAACGCUGUUAAAAUGAAGCUUGUUCUUUGCAUUUUAGCAACAGUUUCAAGGCAGACUGCUUGGUGCUAUAGGAGCAGCAAAGCCCCACAUACUGUGGUUCCCAAGUGCCCAACAACCAACUGGCUGUAGAGUGCUUAGGAAGUGCUGUGCAAUGGACUUUCAUGGGUGGGACAGCCCACCUGCCAGUCUUCAAUCAUAAUGAAGUCAGGUGAUUGACAGAUGGGUUGUACUAUCAAAGCUGGCCCAUGUGGUUUGGUCAGAUAAAGAUCUGGCUCAUCAAGCCAAAAAAAGUUUGCCACCCGUGUUCUGUAGCUUACAGUAUUGCAAAAUACCGUGCAUGCUCCCAUGAGCAUUAUUGUUGAAACCUGCAAUAUGAAUGCUAUCUGAUCUCCCCUGCUCAUUUAUAACCAAUUCCUACCAGGCACAGAAAGUGGAACUAUUUGUAAGAGGCUCCAGAUGACAAAAUAAAAGAUUUUAGCUUCCCCUAUAUUAUCAUACAUUUGUAAUCUUUUGAAAACAUCUGUUACAUGUAUUGGUGAGACCCAGGGUAGUGUGAGAAGAGCAAUAGAUUACUGUUAAGUAAGCAGACAGACUUAUUGGUUAUCACUCUGUGAUUACUUUGGUCCAUAUCAUAUUCCCAAAUGGGAGCCUUUGUUCCCUUUUUCUGAUUGCAAUAACUGAUACCUGGGUUACUUACAUGGACAGGGAUGAUAUGUAAGCCUUUAAAAUGGGGGGCAGAAUUGUAUGUGUUUCUAUUGCUCCAUGCAAAUAUGCACAGGUCAUUUUAAUUAUUUCUUCUUCUCAGGAUUGAAUAUGAUGCUUAUCGCACAGAUCUAGAGGAGCUGAAUCUUGGCCCACGAGAUGCAAACACAUUGCCAAAAAUUGAGCAGUCGCAACAACUAUUCCAAAUACAUAAGGAGAAAUAUGACAAAAUGCGCAAUGAUGUAUCAGUUAAAUUGAAGUUUUUGGAGGAAAACAAGGUAAGGAACUGCAUUACUUCCUAAUUUGCUAUAUACUUGAAAUUCAACUUUGCAUUAUCAGCUAUAUAUUAGAUCACGCAGUCUAUUGAAUUUGAUUAUUUCUGUCUCUUUUCUAAACUAUUUAAACUUCUGGCAGGUAAGUACUAGAAUAGAUUUGAGUAAGAGCAUUAAAUCCGAUUCUUUUUCUAUUCUUAACUCCUUUUUGUUUUUCUUGUUUGUGCGUAGCACGACACCUUAAAACUAUUUCAGUGCCAUAUUGACAACAAGGGGUUGAUAAUGUACCUGACUAUUCAUGAGGACCCUUGGAGCCCUUGAAGACAGAUAAAAUCAGGGCUCAACUGAUUAUAAAAGUUCACCACUGUAAAGGGAGGAGUGGAACGCUAACCCUGCUGGUAAUUUUGGCUGCUGAGCUACAGUGACAUGAACACAAGUUUCAACCCCUGCCACUGAUCGAUAGUCUAGCAGAAGUAUGUAAUGAGCAGCCACAACAAUUAACAGUCCUGCUUUACUGCAAGGGAAAGUGUGACACAUACACGCCUUCUAGAGGUGAUAUUAGCCCCCUCAGUUCUGAAAUAGUUGUCAUAUUUGGUGAAAUUAAAAUGAUUUAUUGUCUGGCAAGCCUAAAUUUUGCCAGCACUCUUCCCUUCCUAGAACUGCUUUUGUUUUGAGUUCCAAAUUAGAUUGCAAAUUCAUUUUUUAUCUGAAGCUUGAGAUGUCGUCUAACGUUGUAUGCUUACUUGCUUCAGUUUUUGGAGAAAAGCUCAGAACAUGAACUGAAUGUUUCUCUUUCUGACAUUAGGGUAUUACUGGAAACCAAACUCUGUAAUUUUGGGUGGUUGGUCAGUGUUUGCUGGCCAAUAUCAUUGAGUUCCAGUUGCAGUACUACCAUUAGUAGACCUCUGUUUCCUGACCAAAUAUGUCAUUUUGGCUAAAUAUGUGGAAUGUAACAGCUAUAGCUAUUCUUGUUAACAUAUAAGUAGUGUCGAUUGCUGUCAGAAUUGGAGUACAAUGAACUUCUAUACAAAAAGGGGCCAAGACUUUUUUUUAUUCUCUAUUUGACAAGUAGCUGUGUUGGGCAAAGGCAAACCUCCCAAAAGAUUUAUUUCAUGUGUAAUAGCCCACUGAUUAAAAGUGCUAGUUUGAAGCAGUAGGACAACUCUGUAAUGAGCCACUAUCUGACUGGUUAAUAGUUCUAUUUGCACCAUGUUAAGCAGCAGUCUGGUACCUACCACAUUGAAGGUACAUAUAUAUAUACUUCUAAGAGAGUUCCAUAUUUAUACCUGUUGUGUUGGCUCCUUACAGGGAAAUGAGUGGCAGAAGCUGUGUGCAAGCUGUGACUGAUGUGCAUGGGUUGAAAGGAGGGGAAGGUGGAGACUUCAUCCUAUGGACUGAAUGUAGUUCUGUAAUAUUUGUGAGAUAGUUUACUUGAAAUGCUGCAGGUUUCUCCUUUGCAUCAUUUUCAGAAAUUUGCUAAGGAUAGUAAUUUGAGGGUCAAUAAUUUUUAUGCUGAUUGUCUUUGAAUUCUGUCACAAUGACUUCAUUAGCUAUAGACACCCUAAGGGGAAGGAGGUUUGGCAGCCAUUCAAAUGUUAAGAUAAAUUGAUAUCUUUGCUCUCUUCACAAAAAAUAAAAAGCUGUACUGACAGUGUGCAGUGGUAAGUGUCUGUAAGAUGUCAAAAACUCUUUUGACAGUUAGUAGCACUACCUGUUAUUCUAGCCUAGUCUAUGUUUGCACAGAUUGCACCUUAUUAAAUGUAACCAACAAUAUCCACUCUUGUAUAGAUCUCUGCACAUUUUGAGUAGCAGAAUAUUCUGAAAUGUCAUCCACAUCUGGUGUAAAUAGUUUUGCCAUGAAGCAAUCUGUGGCAGUGAUGGAAGGUCCUGCUGGGAUCAGCAUGCUUCUGUUUGCACACUAGUGCUUCCAUAAGUGCCUCAUAUAGUAUUUAUUCACUGUGGGGAACAGCAAAUUCUGGUAAGCUCCCCUUGGUUUUGAGCCACAUGCAGGCAAAAGUCAGAGGAAUUUAUGGCACCCAAAUUGGGGGGGGGGGUCAUUUUCUCUUGGAAAUCACUCUUCUUGAUUUUGUCUAUUUGUAACCAUGAAGCACUACUUAUGUCUGUGGAUUAGUUUUGGACAUAGCAGUCCCCUCUUCCUUCUCUUCCAUACACACAAGAAAAAGAUCUAAAAUUUCUUCUGCUUUAGAGCAUGCAUGGAGAAUCUCCAGCCUGUGGGCAUAGUUUGACCUGGCAUGGAUCCCAGUAUGGCUGUUUUCCCCAAGCUACGCCCUCCUGCACCACACCUGACAUCAUGUGGGGUUGGUAGAAAUGUAGCAGCCAAGGAACAAUUGGGAGCCUUAAAGUCCUUCCGGUCAUUCCUUGGCAAGGAAUGCUCACUGUUGGUGCCAAUCAUUUGAUCAGCAGUAACAGCAUACAGAAAGCUAGAUGUCAGGGGACAGGAUUUUAGCCUUCUCCCAGCUUUCCUCAGGGACAUACCUGCUAUUUGAGAUUCAAAGCUAAUGAUUCAAAGUUGUGGCUAAGAAGAAGCCUCUAAAUAUUUGAUACUGAAAGAUAGAGGAAUAUAGGAAUAUAAAUAAUUGCCUGAAAAUAAUUUUGCAGGCCUCUGGAUUGUAGUGAAAUCCACUUCUUCAUGGGAAGAUUUGAGGGAACAUAAUUGUUUUGCAAUAUCCUGUUUUUGCACUGCGUUGAUCUUAGAAGGGUGUGUGGGAGCCAUGGGACCUAUAAUUUUCUCCCUUAAGUUGCUGAGUUCUAUACCAUACACUCCUUUAAAGCACCUGCGUCUCCAAGAAAUAAAUGUAAAGUGUUAAAACUUCAGGACAAUGGAACUUCCAGAAGAUCUGUCAUCUUAAAUAACUAUAUGUGGCAUGGCACACAGAUCUUUUAGUUUGAGGUUACUUCAAUAAUUCAAAAAUGCAUUUAAAAGCCUUUGCUGUCUUCUAAUGAUGGCAUUAGUAAAAGAUAAAGCUACAGUUAUAGCAACAUUCAUAAAAAUGUGCUCUGUCCCAUACAUUCUCAACAGUUCUGAACAUUUUGAACACAAGCUAGUUUUAUAGAUGUGCGUUUAGCGUUCAAAUAGUAAAUGAAAAAAGCAUACAUUGUUCCUUGUUGCCACUUCCCUUUUUAUAGAAAGUAUUCAGAUAUGAUGGGUUGUAUCCUAUGCUUGCACUACAGAACUUUCAGUUUUGCUCCUUCCCUGCACCCAAAAAAAAGCAGUUCUGGUGGACCUCCAACGUUUGGAAUACGAUUUUGGGGGCUUUUAUGUUUUCUUUUACAUCAGUGUUGCUCUAUUGGUAUGUAUGAGUAUUGCUGACUAUUAUGGGCUGCCAUUAAAAGUAUUGUGAAUUAUAAGCAAAUACAUAAAUCUAACUCAAAACACUUGAUUUUAAAAUUCUGUUUAGUCAGUAAAAUACAGCAAUGUCUAAGUGUGCUGUCUGAGUAUUGUAAUCAGAUGUUCAUAUUAUUUUAAGUGUGUCCAUCCCACAUAGUUCACCCACGAAGUCUGGUUUCCCAGCCUUUAGUUGUAAACACCCAAAAGACUGAAUAGUAGAAGAAGUGAACAAUGAACAAAUGGUUGCCAUACAGCACUGAUGCCUUUUUUCACAUUGGCUUUUAUUUUGAUGUGUUGCAAGAUUGCCACUCUAUAUUUUUGCUUAUUAAAGGGAAGGAAUAUCAAUUGAGAUCGUAUUUGUUUGCCUUGUAGCAAAAGUUGCUGCAGGGAGCCCAAAUGGUAACUGCUACAGUUAACUGAUGUAGCAUAUUUCCUUUUUUUUUUUUAAUAAUAUUUAUUAAAAGUUCAAAGGAUACAAAAAUUACACAAAGACAAAAAGUAAAAAUACAGAAAGUAAAAGUACAAAAAAAUAGAAAAUACAGAAAAAAGAAUAAAGAAAAAAAACAAAACAAGUUCAUUUAUUUUCAGAUCCUUAACUGUCAUUGCCUUCUUUCUUAGACCUCCUCCUCCUCCCUUCCUUUGUAUUCUAAUUAUUAAUUAUCCCAGCAAAUCCUUUCCUUUCCAUGUUUCAUAAAAUUCUAUCAUUACAUUACCCUCGACUAAUUUAAUCCUAUCUUUCUAUAAUAAAAUAAACCUUAAAGUUUAAAACUUAAGUCUUAGCCUUACCAGCUUCUUGUGAUCAUAAUAUUCUUUCAUAAUUCUUUAUGCAUCUUUACUAAAGCCAGGUAAUUUCUUCCAACAUUUUUCUAUCAUUCAUCAAUUUUAUAAAACAUUCUAAUAAUAAAGAAAAAAGAGAGAGAAAGAUAUAGACAAGUCCAAUCUUUAUCCAACGUCCCUUCCUCCUGGUUCCGGGAUUUGUCAGUCCUUAUGAUGUAGCAUAUUUCCAGACGUUCUGGAGCAGGCAUAGGCAAACUCGUCCCUCCAGAUGUUUGGGACUACAACUCCCAUCAUCCCUGAUGUUAGCUAGGGAUGAUGGGAGUUGUAGUCCCAAAACAUCUGGAGGGACGAGUUUGCCUAUGCCUGUUCUGGAGGGAUAGUCAUGUUUUUCUGUUGUAGCAAAACUAAAAAAAGACUUGUAACACUUCAAAAACUAACAAAUUUAUUAUGGCAUAAGUUGUGGAUCAGAUUCAUGGAAGUUUUUGUCCUAAGCUAGAAGAUGUGUGGGGAGAGAGAGAGAGAGAGAGAGAGAGAGGGAGAGAGGGAGGGAGGUAGGUAGUUCUGGAGGAAACAAAAGUCAAUUUUGCAGAGGUGAAAUAAUAACAGAAAAGGAUGGUAGUACUGCUAAAUUUUAAGAAUAUCCACGGAUCAAAAUUGAGUAUGUAUGUGAAAAGAUGAAGCAGACGCCUCUCUUACAGGAGUCCACAACUUUUAUUUUACUAGUCUCCUUCAGGGGUUUCCACCCAUUCAGUCAUCUGCAGCAUUUGUUCUGCUCUUCUGGACAUAUCUGAUAGAAAUUCAUUCUUACUGUUUUCACCUGAAUGGUGUCCAUUGUCCCUCCUGGACACUUAGAUUGGAAUAUUCAGCAAUGUCCUGUGAAGAAAGUGGCAGUCCAUUCCCCUUUUUUGUUAUUUAUAAUUAAAAACCACUCAUCUAUAUGUAGCAUCAUUUGAAUUAUGUGCUUUGUGCUGUUGUCAUUUUGAAGAAUGUCUGCAGAUGUAGAAUGUUUGGCCUACCUCCUGAUGAUGGUAGCUUGUUGGAAGAUACUUGACAUAAUCCAGGGUGUGCUGUGGCUUAAGAAUUUAGGAUUUUUUAAACUCUGAAGCUCCAAAAUUUUUGGGUACUCUCUUUGCCUCCAUACACUGCACUCUUGUUUUCCUCUCAUAUCAACAGCUACUGAUUCCACAUCUGCACAGCUUUUUAACUGUGAAGAAUGUUGGAAAACUAUUUGUUUGUUCUUAAAACUGGAACACCUUGGGGUUAACCUCUGAUCAUCUUCAAUAUUCAAUUACAUGCCUUUUCAUCUUUAACUUUAUCCUUGUCCACAGGUGAAAGUAUUGCACAAUCAGCUUGUUCUGUUCCACAAUGCCAUUGCAGCAUACUUUGCGGGGAAUCAAAAACAGCUUGAACAGACUCUUAAACUAUUCCAUAUCAAAUUGAAAACGCCUGGAGUAGAUGCUCCAUCCUGGCUUGAAGAUCAGCAAUAGGACCACAGCAUGAAGAUCCCUUGAUCAACCAAGAAUAUUGUACACCUAAUGAGAAUCAAUGAAUUUGUAUAAGGAGGACUGUUUGUAAUGAUACUUGCACAAGCAGCUUUAAUUUCCCCCUUGAUAAUAAUUACUAUAAUAGUUUGGGAGGGUGGAUGGAUGUAACCAAAUGUAACUUGCCAUUUCAGAAACAGAUCUUUUUUGUAUUUGAGGGUGGAUGGUUUUCUGUAGUAGGGAAAUAUAGAUUUGCACUGACAAAGAUGUUCGUGAUCUCCGGUAAUUGUGGUGGCUAGAUGAGAAUUUUUUCAAAGGGAGAUGCUCAUGGUUUGUAUCAACAUCAGAUAUUUUAUAUAAAUGUAUUAAGCUUCUCUAAAGAUUCUUUUUUCAUGUAAAUGUGUUAAAAGAAUAAAUGUUUUACAGAGUAAUAAUAUAAGGAAGGCCUUCAAGCAACAUCCACAAAAUAUCAGUGGCUGGCUGAUACGUGGAAUUGCAGCAAAUAGCUUUUUAAAAAAAUGUUGGAUCAUUCAAUUUUGUGGUUCAGAAACACUAAAUAUAGAAUUGCCCUCUUGGUCUGAAGCUUUGAAAACACAUUUUAGCAUUGUAAAGAUGAACCGUUGGAGAAGCAGACCAUAGCCCUACUUCUUUAAUAUUUAAAUGUCUAUUAAAAACAUACCUUUACUUGCCUUAAAUUCAGAAGUGCCUUUUGCAACACACUUUGUACCCAGUGUACAUAAUCUGUAAGAAACCCUCUUUGGAUUGAUGACUUUUUAAAGAGACAGUCUGAGGCCAGUCUGGGUUGUGUGUGCUUCUGUUGAACGGCAGACCAUGUCACAUGACUAAUAUGACUGAUUGUUUCUUUUCUCAAUCAAUAGUGUAACCUUUAUUAAACAUACAUUUCUGUUCUCUUAUAGCCUUUUAAAAUUCACUGUUAUGGAGCAUCCUCAAUUGCACAUUAUCCACGGCUUUUUGUGUUUAUAUAAAUGAAGUAAAAAUAACUUAACACAGUUUAUAUGAAUUGUACAAUUAUGUAUUAUAUGUUGAAAUGAUUCAGUUGCUUCUUUAAAUGGUUUAGUUUAAGUCUUAAUGUAAUGUGUGUAUCAAGUACAUUUUAAAUCAUUCCUUAUUACAUUCUUGUCUGUUCAAUGACGUUUUGCAAUUGGAUUUUUUCUCUUGCAAUAACUUUACCAAGUUACCAUUCCUCAGAAUGUGCCUCCAUUGUUAACUUUGUUUUCAUACUAAAGGUGUUUGCUGCAGUCUGUUUCCUUUAUUUCAUGGAAUUUGUGGAUUAACAUUUGCACAAACCUUCUUUUUCUUCCAGCUAAGCCUUGGGGAUACUUUUAUUAGCCAUAGCCCUACAAACAAGAUAUGAUUAGCUGCCUUUCUGACUGGAACUUUUCCCCUCCAAUGGCUUUUUUCCUCCACUGCUAGGAAGGGAAGCAAAUGUUCUUGAGGAAGCAGGGCUAUAGCAGAAAUGUACUCUUCUUCACCCCCUUUGUUCACAUUCCUUCAAACAGCAUGUUCUGUUGCUUUGUCUUGUGUGGACUUACAGCUGGAACGUUGGAGAGGCGACAAAAACCUAUCAGGGUAGACAAGGUGAGUCUGUGGUACCAAAAAACCACAAAUCCUCUGAAUAGAAGUGGUAUUCAUGUGUUUUCAUGUAUUAUAAUGUUUUUAAAUGUUGACAGCUAAGUUAACAAUCAUCCUGGCUUUUGUACUAGUUGGCUAGAAAUUUGCUUGACAUAUAAACAAAAACUUUCUAAACUGUCUCUUCCCUGCUUACAUCCUCAUGGCCACAGCUCUGGUAAUGUGAAAUGGCUCUCAAGAUGACAAUAUAGCAAGCAUAGCAAAACUUGUGUGUCAGCUGGGUAGAUUUAGUUCUCUCCCCCUAAUUCUUCAGUCUUUCCUAUGACAGUUCUUUCUUUUUUAAGUACCUAGCCCCAUUUAUCAUUUUAUACUUUCCUCCAGCCCUAGGCUGUGCUGUUGGAAUCCUUCAUAAGUUUCAACUUCGCGUGUGACAUCUCCAUGCAGUAAAACGGCUAAACGGAGGCUGGGUGCUGCCUUGAGCUUUCAAACUUCCUCCUUUAAAAUUUAUCUGGCAUUUUCACAAAGCAACUAUUGGCCAAGUUUACAUCUUUUGUGCUUAGUUUGAUAAUAACUGACUUCACAGAAACCCUGAGUUUGUUCCUAGAGUUCUGUUUUUACUUGUCACUGUCAUUUUCCUUCUCUAUUUGCAUUUCUCACUUCUUAUGGCGCUGUGUGACAUGGUGAAUUUCUGUAUAUCAGUUUGAGAAAUUGUCUGGAGGUACAGGUCAUGAAAUAUUUAUCAAAGAAUUUCAAAUUCUGCACUGAAGAAUUUGAAAUCAUCACACAAGGAAAAUCAUAAAAUCUUUUGCAAAAUAAUCUACAUACACAAAUACGUGUAAAUUGAAUGGGGUACUUUGUAUUAUGAAAUCUACAUAUUUUUUUCCGGUGCUGCAGGUUGUCAUACUGCCAUACUGGUGUCAGAAGCAUAGAUCAGUAGUAACUGAAAUAGAAAUCAGGAUCACUUUUGUCUCAGGGAGUUGGACUAGAUGACCCUUGGAGUUCCUUCUUACUUUUUAGUUCUAUGACUAUGAACAGUAAGGCACAAUGCAAUCCCACUUUAAAUGCACUAGAUUCCACCACUUUUCUAGUGCAAGCUUAAGUGCUUCUAUGAAGGGUGCACUAGUAAACAUUGCAGUGUCUAAGCUCUUAGUUGUAAGGAUAGUUCUUUAUGACUAGAUCAAAGACACGGACUAGAUCAAAUCCAACUUGAUGUGGACACAAUAAAAUGGAAUGUUCCAAAGUAUGCUUAGUGCUUUGAUUUUAAAAAAUAAUAAUAAUCAAGGUUUGUAAGAUACUAUAGGGACUUGGAUAUCUUAGAAAGCUGGGAUCAGGGAAGUGGGUGUUUUUGGAGGGGAGGAAUUUUUUGAACUUUGUUAGGAGUAUUGGCUUCUCUCCACUGAAAGGAAAUAAACACAGAUAAAUGAAUCCAAACCUGGAGUGGCAGUGGCCUACUGUGGAGGUCCCUGCUCUACCCACCGAAUGCAUGAACAGAAGAAGCUACUACCAGUGGUAGUCAAUGUACCAUAUUUCACUGCAUAAUAGUUGCACCACCACCCCUAAAAGCUGUCCCCAGAGCAUUCCCCACGUAAUAGUCGCAGCAGUGAAAAUGCCUUGCCGGUGGGACAUUAGUUUUGCCUAACAGCAUUUACCCGCUUUUGUAAUUGAAAUUGCUCUUAGCACAGCUGUUUCCCAGCCUCUUCCUGUUCCUACCUGUGGAACUUGCCUGUUGGCUGAGCCGGCCCUCAACCCACGGAGGAUGAGGCAGCCUCAUGCGAGGAGCGAAAGCAGCAGCUGAGGAGGCCUCACCCGAGAGGAGUAUGGAUAUGGAGGAGAAAUGUGGUGGCAAGGUCCUGGCCAGUGGCAUGCGGCUUGGGCCCGUGGAUAUGCCCAGCAAUUGUAAACUGCCUGCUCUAGAGGGGUGUGCGCCUAAGGCCCCUUGCAGUGGGCCUACUUCUCCGUGGGGGGCUUGCAGGGCGGGGUUAAGAGACCAGGCUAAGCUAUGCAUUUACUGUAUUUCACCACAUAAUGGUUUCCACCGCAUAAGCCGCACCCCUCUUUUUUGAAAAUAAAAAUCGGCAUUAAAAAUGUGACUUAUGGGGUGAAAUAUGAUAACCCUGGAAUGAAGGAAUAUGGAACUGAUCUAGCCAAGGAGCCACUGGACCCUAAGGUGCUCGUAUCUAUUGACAAAUCUUGUGAGGCGUCUGAGCCACGCCUGUUUGCUGCGCCAGCCUGGAGGUGGUGCAGCAAAUGUAUUCUUUUCGCGCCCCACCUUCUACUCUGGCUGCCACAAAUGGUGGAACACCAGAUGCCGCAGUGACUCCCAUCACUCACUACUUCCCUCCAGGAGUUCAGAUUGUGCUCUUUAUCUCAUUGUUAAGGAAAUUAAGAGGAGAUAGUGAAGGAUUUCACAACCACUCAUUAUACACUAGGAGUGUCCCAUGUACCAAAUAAGAUGCAGGAGUUAAAUACAAAAUUCCUCACAUGAAUCUUGAAAUAGGUUACUGACAUGCUCUCUGUUGUUGCAUAGAUAGGCACAUUUUGAGGUUCAGACAGCACAUAUUAUCCAAAACUACUAAGUAAUUCAUGACUGAGCUGGAUUGGUAUUACAGUUAAACCUGUGAACAAUAAACAGUCCUUGGUAGAGUGGCAUACUGUUACCAUUUUUGUUGCAGCUACUGAUGUUGGUGGGAGUUUGCCGUCUGCAUAAAUGAUAAAGGGAGGCCUUCGCGUAUAUGUCAUCCUCAGAGCUUGGCCCUCUAAAGACAAUGUCGUAAGUGUGCAGAAGGACAGAACGUUUCCUACGAAGAAUUGUGCACUGUGUGGGCAGCUGGCCACUGCCCAUAACACAAACUCACAAACCCAAGUGGAAAUUUUCCUCUGGGCUGUGAAUAUUCAUAAUGACGACUAGUAGAAAUUACAUAAUCAUUAUUAGCAUUACCAUCCCUGACGCAAUUCCAGUAUGUGAACAAAUAGGUCUACUUUCUCUAAUCUCAACCGUAAGCUUGUAUUUUCUUAGAAGGUGUAUUACAUUUUUGAGUGUGGCCUCUUGAGUGCUAUAUUACUGUGCAAACUCCUGAAAGGUAUCUGGAGGUAGUCCUUGGUCUGGAUAAUUAAUGAUAUCAGUUGUGGGAUUUAAUUGUUAAAUAUACAUUAUCUACCAUUGUUAAGUACUUUAAGAUUUCAUUUGAUCACAAUGGGAGCGAUUAAAGCACUUACAGUAAUUGAUUUUAAUGCAGUAAGACGUAAGUGUUUAGCUUUGGUUAGAUUGUUUUCCUUAGGUUGUUUUCUCAAUAUGUCAGAAACAAUUUCCUCUCAUAAAGGGAACCCCCUUUUUUGCAGAAAGCAUGACAGAGUAAAUAAGGAUGGCCCCUCUCCCUGCUUUUGGCGGGACAGUAAGAAUGCUUUGCUGUUGUAAUAUCAUUUCUGCUUACGGUGCAUUGAUUUCAGCUUCUAUGGUGUGUCUCUUUGUGUAAAUGCACAAAAUCCAGCAAAACUAGACACUAAACACUGGAUUGGGAAUGCUGGCCUGGAAUCACGCAGAUAGCACAAGUUCAUGCAAUUAACAGCAGGGUCGAUUUGUGCUUUGACUUGGAGUGAUUGCAAAGCAUUGACAUGAGUCUAGUAAAAAUCAACAAAGGUGAUGCCCCCUUAGCUGUAGUUGUUAAUUAUUAAGGAGACUUACUAUAAUGAUAGUAACAUU